AUGGCAAAUAAUACUUUUCCAAAUGAUUUUAAUGCUGCUCCUAAUUGCACCAUUUGUCUAGAAAAAGUUGUUGAUAACGGUAGAAGCUCCAUCACAAAACUUAUUUGUGAACAUUUCUUUCACACUGGUUUUAGGUGCACAAUUGUAAUGGAAGGUCAGAAAUCUCCUAGAAGAAGCCCACGAAUUCGAAUUGUUGAUUCAACCGGCAGUGGUGAAGUGAAUGUCGGUCCAAUUUUUAGUUUGGGAAUUUCUGCAAAUCAAUCUCCAGAAGAAGGUGGUGGUGAGAAAUUUGUUGACAGUGAUGAUGAUUUUGAGGAUUUACCUCCUCAAUUUCAGUCAAAGAAAGUGAAACCUACAGUUGUUCAGGAGAAGAAUCCAAAAAUUCGAAAUCGAUUGUGCAAAAAUACGGUUCUACCGCAGAGUUUAUAUCUGCUCGACUUGUUUAGGAAUACUUGUUUUGGUUACUUUCUUGACCUUCUGAAAGUGACCAUACAACUCCAACUUAUUCAUUGCCUUAUGAACAGGGAGUUAAAACACACACCAAAUGAUGUGUUUGAUGUUGAAUUAAAUGAGAAGAUGUUGUUUUUCGGGCUUAGGGAAUUUGGGUUAAUUAUAGGCUUAAAUUGUGUUAGUGAUGGUUGCUCUGUUAAUGUUCUAGAUUCUCCUUGUCGGUUGUUGAGCAAUUAUUUCCCUGAACAAAUUACUAUUUACAAGAAUCAUCUACGCGAGUUAUUUUUAUCAAAAAAAUUCAUAGAUGAUGAUUCUGCCAUUUCACUAGCUGUUUUGUUCUUUAUUAAUGAUUUUUUGUUCUCAUAUGAGAACAAUGAAUACCAAAUUAGUAAUAGAGAUUUCUACCUUGUGGAAAAUGGACAAUUCAAUUCUUACUCGUGGGGUUUAGAUGUCUACAAGAAGUUGCUUGAUAAUGUGAGGCACAAGCUUAAUUCAACCAAUCAGUACUAUAUAUUAGGUGGAUUGCCUCUUUCCCUUCAAAUUUGGAUAUUUGAGUGUUGUUAUAGAGUCGAUGAAGAUUUAGCUCUUCAAAUUUCUGAUUCUAUUCCAAUAAUUUUGAGGUGGAAAACCGUUGCUGAAAGUCCUUGGCAAAAGCUUAUUGAAAAUGGCAUCUUCAUGCCUACGAAAUGCAAGUUUGAGAAUAUAGUGGCGAGUGAAGAUGAGGUAUCUAAAUUGAGACUUUCUGAACCUCGUGAUUACCAUUCUGAAAUUUUGAAAUUGGAGCCGAAAGGAUCAAACCAUAGUCUAGAUAUGUUGACCAGGGAGGUUAUAGAGUUGAGAAAAGAACUUGCAAAGGUAUAA